GCGUUUUCUUUGAUUGUCGAUCGAGAGACCAGUGUAUGUAUUGUCAUCCGUGUGAUAUUACGGAUUAUGCAAUGAGGCAGCAGCCGAUGGACGUGUCGUCACGGUGUCGGUGUUGAGACACUCGUCCCGGUCGUCUUCCGUCCGGGCGUGUUCUCGGCAUCGGGUCCGCAUCGGCACCGACAGCGGCGAUAUGAGUACGAAAUUCAUAAUUGAUAGUAUGCUACCAGCUAAGUACCAACAAUUUCAUCCGCAACAGUUGUUCUCAAGCGCGAAUCCAGGUACCAUCCAGGCGUGUACGACGAGUCCGGCCACCGCGAGUCUAGAAUCGAGUCUAUCCGCGGCUGCAGUAGCGGCCGCGGCGGUCAAUUACGCGCAACAGCACAAUUCGCCGAGCCCGACGGGUUCGAGUCCCCAGCACUCGGGUAGCUCUGCUUCCACAUCACCGGCGGCGCGUACGACGUCCGGAAUGUAUCCAUACGUAUCCGCCGCGGCGGCCCAUCAUCAUCAUCAGCAGCAGCAAGCGGUGGCGGCCGCCGCCUUCGGCGCCACGUCCAGCAUGGUCCCCGGUUUCGGUUCCACGGCUGCGUCUAGCGCUGCCCUGGCCGCCGCCGCAGCCGUGGAUGCCGCGACUGCCGGCGACAAGUCCUGCCGUUACACGGCCAGUUUAACCGGGAACGUGGCCCCCGCGUCGGCCGAUCCUAUGGUUAACUAUACUUUGGGUCACCAUCAUCAAAACGGCGCUACACCCGGUAGCCUCGUUUCUUCCGCGUCCGCUUCCUCGGCCGUGUCCGCUGCCUCGGCCUCCAUGGCGGCGGCGGCACAAUUCUACCAUCAGGCGGCCGCCGCAUCGGCCGUCGUUGAUCCUUUGACGUCCUGUCAACAACCUACCACCGGUCAACCUGGGAUCUCUGACAUACCUCGGUACCCGUGGAUGUCGAUUACCGAUUCUUCUGCUAAUUAG